GCCCACAGCACUCUUCCAUAAAUAGUGAGAAAAGUUUCACUUCACAUUAGAAGUUUGAGGAUUACACAUUGUUUUAGCUCACUUUGACUACAUUAUCCAGCACCAUGAAAGUACUCCUGGCCGUACUCGUAGUUCUGGUUCAUGGCAGUUAUGCCACUCUGCUCAUCAAAGGGCCAGAGCAUCCCGUUGUGGAGGGACAGCAGGUGACCUUGGAGUGUCAGUACGUAGACUCUGAACUCAACAUUAGCAAUGUCCACUUUGAAUACUUCUCCAAGCGCAGGCAGCAGUGGUUUAAGUUAGAGGAACGAUGGUGGUGUUUCUCAUCAUUCUCCAUCAAGCAGCAAGCGAACAGCUUGGUCCUGACGAUGCCCCAUGCAUUGAGCUUCUGGACCACCCGCUUCCGAUGUGUAUCCUAUGCUGAAAACGUCACUGCACCAGACAACUCCUCUGACCCACUGCAAUUCAAAGUGCAUUACAUGGCAGAGCCGACACUGACUAUGAAAGGCUACAGCCGAUACCUAGGUGUCCCUGAGGACCUGAAAGUGCGACAGGGUAAUGAUGUGGUCUUGCAGUGUUCCAGCAGUUCAUCAGAGGAGCCCAACUACUUUUGGCAAAGAAAGGGUGACGACUGGAUCUUACCUUCCUCUAAGCUGUUGCUGCAGAAGGUGACUGCUCUGGAUGGAGGAGUGUACACUUGCGUGGCCAAGCAUCCAUCUGUAGACUCACUCUACAAGACGCGCUCCAUCAGCAUCACUGUGGUGCCCGAGGAUGCCCCCUGGUACGAGACCAUUAAUGGCCAUCUCAUACUAAUAACCUCGGCGGUGCUCGUGGUUAUCAUGGUGUUCAUCGUCUCCGUGACCAUCUUCCUGUGCCGCAGGGCCAAGCAGACCAAAACCACCAAAGGACCCAUUGAUGACCGGUCUCAACAAAAGCCCAUCUACAGAAGCAGCGCAGAGUCCAUACCCUCCGCCUGCGGAGACAAACAACCUCUGGUGUGACUGCACAGGCAGGCGGAGGGGUGAGGAGGGGCAGGAAGCUGGAGCGGGAGAGGAGGAAGAUCGAGUGGGUGGCCAGAAAAUGAGAUGGCAUAGUGGUGAUACUUAAAAGGGGAGGAGAUUGUGUAGAGUUAUGGAUGGUCUCUGUGGGGGUGGAGGGAUGGAGGAUCAGAGUGAAUAAAGCUUGUGGAGAAAAAUCUAAAUCAGUAACAAAAUGGGCGUUUAAACCAAUCAUUUGGCCUUCAUUUCUGUUUUUUUUUUUUGUUUUUUUUUGUCAUGCAGAAGCUACUGUACUUGUGAGCGUAAACUGCAUUUGUGUGUCUUGCACAAAAAAAUGGCACUUUUCACUUAAUUUAUUCUGCAGCUAGAAAAUUGGGAGUUGUACUCAUGUCAAAGUAAAGGGGAUUUAUCGUGCAUAGUAUAAAAGCUGUCAAAGGCUCGUAGCUAUUCUGUCUUUUGGAUUUUUUUUUUUAUUUUUUUAAACAUAACUGCUCUGCUGUGUACUACGAAUGAGCUGUGGGAGAGGACAAGGUCUCAUUCUGUUGAUUUGUUUCCUUUUCAGCAUCUUAUCCAAAGCAGGGCCAGCUGAAAGAAUCAAUGAAAAGGUCAUUCUAAACGCUUUACUGUGGCUCCACUCGGGCACAUUGCACUCUUACUAUGUAAUUCACUGCACCUUAGAUUUCUUUGAUAUUAAAUGGCUUUGAGAAAAUAUU